CCCCUCAGAUUUAUAUGGCAUCUCUGUUUAUAAUAAACUGUGUAUGAAGUGGUUAAACGCAGCUCCACCUGCAGUAACAUGCUGCUUUCACACUGAUGUAUCAUCUUCUUAUAUAAAACCAGUACUUAAACUUUACUGCAGGAGGGUUUUUCAUGCAGGACUCGUACUUGUAACGGAGUAUUUGACGUUGCUGUAUCGGUACUUUUACUCGGGCUAAGUAAAGGGUCUGAAUACUUCUCCCUCCGCUCCUAUUUUCUAUCAUUAGAGGGAGAGGAAACGUGGGGAGGGAGCGUUCUCCUGCCGGUUUCAAGCAGCGGCUUCGCAGUCACCGAUGCGCGCUCCAGGAGGCAGGACGCCCCGCGAGGAGCCGCAGCUGUGAGCUCCGCCGGCGCAGCAGAAGAAUAUUUGUCCAUCACCUGUAGCUCCAGAACUGAGAGAGAGAGAGAUCAGUUCCCUCCUCCUUCCCCGCAGCAGCAGACAUGAGGAUGGGUCUCGCGGAGAAGCAGCAGCAUCACCACGAGCAGAAGCCGCGUCGCGAGCCGCCCCGUCUCCUCCGUCCAGGUGGCGCGAGGAGGACUAGCUGAGAAGAACGAGCAGGAGGAGGAGGAGGAAGAGGAGGAGGAGGAGAAGACAGGAGGAAGGCGGAGGAGGAAAUCCCGCGAGAGAAAGCAGCAGAGACGGACAGACAGAUCCACGCAGAGACAGAGAGAGAGAGAGAGAGAGGAGCGGAGUGAGGAACCGCCGCACGUGAGGUGCGCGAGACCCCCGGGGAGAAGGGACUAAUCGUUAAUUUGGAGGAGAGCGACGGUUAUUUUUCUUUUUCCCGCACAGACCGGAGAGAGAAGGUCUCCGAAGAAAGACUGGCCAGAUGAAUCCCAUGACACAGCUGUACUACAAGAAGGCGACAUAUUCGCCGUACCGCGACCGCAUCCCGCUUCAGAUCGUCCGGGCUGAAGUGGAGCUGUCUGCCGAGGAGAGGGCGUACCUCACCGCUGUGGAGAAAGGCGACUAUGCGGGGGUCAAACACGCCCUUCGUGAGGCGGAGGUCUACUACAACAUGGACGUGAACUGCCUGGACCCGCUGGGCCGCAGCGCGCUCCUCAUCGCCAUCGAGAACGAGAAUCUGGAGAUCAUGGAGCUCCUGCUCGACCACGGCAUCCACACGGGCGACGCCCUGCUCUACGCCAUCAGGAAGGAGGUGGUCGGUGCCGUGGAGCUGCUGCUGUCGCACAGGAGGCCCAGCGGCGAGAAACAGGUUCCCUCGCUGAUGAUGGACAGCCAGUUUUCAGAGUUCACCCCAGACAUAACUCCCAUCAUGCUCGCUGCUCACACCAACAACUACGAGAUCAUCAAGCUGCUCGUCCAGCGGAAGGUCACCAUCCCCAGACCACACCAGAUACGAUGCGAUUGUGUCGAGUGCGUCUCCAGUUCAGAGGUUGACAGCCUUCGGCAUUCACGCUCUCGACUCAACAUCUACAAGGCUCUGGCCUCGCCAUCCCUCAUUGCAUUGUCCAGUGAAGAUCCCAUCCUCACUGCCUUCAGACUGGGCUGGGAACUCAAAGAACUCAGCAAGGUGGAGAAUGAGUUUCGUCAGGAGUAUGAGGAGCUGUCCCAGCAGUGCAAACGGUUUGCCAAAGACCUUCUGGACCAGGCCAGGAGUUCGAGAGAGCUAGAGACGAUCCUGAACCACAGAGACACCGACCAGAGUGAGGAACUGGACCCCAGACAGUGCCAUGACCUGGCUAAGCUCAAACUGGCCAUCAAAUACCACCAAAAAGAGUUUGUGGCCCAGCCGAACUGCCAGCAGCUGCUGGCCACACUGUGGUACGACGGCUUCCCGGGCUGGAGGAGACGGCACUGGGUGGUCAAACUGGUCACCUGCUUCAUCAUUGGACACCUGUUUCCUGUCUUCUCACUGAUCUACCUGUUGGCUCCAAAGAGCGCUCUGGGACGAUUCAUCAAGAAGCCCUUCAUCAAGUUCAUCUGUCACACUGCGUCCUAUCUGACCUUUCUCUUCCUCCUGCUGCUGGCCUCGCAGCACAUCGCCCGGACCAACCUCCACAUGCAGGGACCUCCACCCACCAUAGUGGAGUGGAUGAUUCUCCCAUGGGUGCUGGGGUUCAUCUGGGCAGAGAUUAAGGAGAUGUGGGACGGGGGAUUCACAGAGUACAUCCACGACUGGUGGAACCUGAUGGACUUUGCCAUGAACUCCCUUUACCUGGCCACCAUAUCACUGAAGAUAGUGGCCUACGUUAAGUAUAACUCCUCUCGUCCCAGGGAGGAGUGGGAGAUGUGGCACCCGACGCUGAUAGCCGAGGCUCUGUUCGCCAUCGCCAACAUCUUCAGCUCGCUCAGACUCAUCUCCCUCUUCACUGCAAACUCCCACCUCGGGCCGCUGCAGAUCUCACUGGGGAGGAUGCUGCUGGACAUCCUCAAGUUUCUCUUCAUUUACUGUCUGGUCCUGCUGGCGUUUGCGAAUGGUCUGAACCAGCUGUAUUUCUACUAUGAGACCAAGGCGUCAGAAGAACCCAACAACUGCAAGGGCAUCCGCUGCGAGAGGCAGAACAACGCCUUCUCGACGUUAUUUGAGACGCUCCAGUCUCUGUUCUGGUCGAUAUUCGGGCUGUUAAACCUGUACGUCACCAACGUGAAAGCCCGGCACGAGUUCACCGAGUUCGUCGGGGCGACCAUGUUCGGGACGUACAACGUGAUCUCGCUGGUGGUUCUGCUCAACAUGCUGAUCGCCAUGAUGAACAACUCCUACCAACUCAUCGCCGACCACGCCGACAUCGAGUGGAAGUUCGCUCGCACCAAGCUGUGGAUGAGUUACUUUGACGAGGGUGGGACGCUGCCGCCGCCGUUCAACAUCAUCCCGAGCCCCAAGUCCAUCUGGUACCUGCUCAUGUGGCUCCACAACAAGCUGUGCAGGAGAGGCCAGCCGCCCGGGGAGGAGACGCACAAGUGUGAAAACCUCAGAGAGUUCACGGAACGUCACGCUGACAGUCUGAUACAGAACCAGCAGUACCAGGAAGUGAUCCGGAACCUGGUGAAGAGGUACGUGGCGGCCAUGAUACGCAGCGCCAAGACGGACGAGGGACUGACGGAGGAAAACUUCAAGGAGUUGAAGCAGGACAUCUCCAGUUUCCGCUAUGAGGUCCUGGAUCUCCUUGGCAACCGGCGUCCUCCCCGGCGACACUACUCCUCCUCCAGUGAGACAACAAGAGACGAUGGCGCCAUGGCAUCAGAGGACGACAGCGAAUCGGGUGAUGGCGGUGGAGGCGGCGGAGUUGCCGGCCAGAAGUCAAAGGGCGUGACCUUCAUGAUGCCGCUGGAGGAUGAUACGAAGCCGACGCCCACGCUCGGCGUCUCCGCCUUGGUGCGCUCCAUCUCUGGAAUGACACAGAUUGAAAGAGGUGGGGGAGAGGGCGAGGAGGGGGAGCUGGAGGAGGGCAUCGGAUGGGGGGAGGAGGAGGAGGAAGAGGAGGGGAAACCAAAGAGCAACGGGCUGAAGACGACCGUCAUCUCUCCGUCCUCCACCACUGUCCUCCCAGUGCCAUCUUCAUCAUUCUCCUCGUCAUUCUCAUCAUCACUCGCUCGUACACGGAGUCGUCUUCAGCGCCUCUCAACUCCGAGGUCAAAGACGGACUCUUUCAAACGCCUCUCCUACCUGUUCUCCCGCUCCAAACGCAAAGCCCCACCCAUGCCUCUUCCCCUCCAGUCCCCGCCCUCCUACACCAUCUCUGACGGGUUGCUCCGCCCCCUGGGGAGCCACAGCCACUCCGACUUCGGACUCAGUGACGUGACCAGAAGCGAGACUCACCUGAACGAGGUAGGCCGCUCAGUUGACAUCAAUAACCCCUCGUUCUCGCCACGGAGAACAAACGGGCGGGACUCGCUCCUGACGCUGCCCCUCCCGCCCCCAUGCCCCUGCCAAUCCCUGCACUGUGCUUCCAACAUGUCCGAGUCCAGCUCUCGCCUCCUGGACUCCAGCGAAGACGUUUUCCAGGGCGGAGGCGUGGGAGGAGCGGGCGAGGGCGACGUGGACGGAGGAGGGGGAAGAGGAGGGGUGAUGGUGAUGGGCGGGUGGGUGGGGCCGUGCGACGAUGUCAUAGAGGACAGCUGUGAGGUCAUAGAGGACUCUGUCACCACACAGCUAUAGGAGAGAGGGACAACCAAACUGUUUUUCUUUGUUUGUUUGCAAAAUGGAUGAACACAUUCAGAGGGAGAGAAACAGAGAGAGAGAGGUGGGGGAGGAGGCGAGAAUCCAGCGGAAUCUGUUCAAGAACUCAGCGGGACGAAUUCCGGAAUCCUGCAGUGGAAUUCUAGAAUGUUGCAUUUCAAAGGAGGGAGCAGGUUCUAAGGAUCAGCAUCAGCCAUGGUCACACCUGUGAGGACGGAGGAGAUCCUCAAAUGGCAGAUGUUCAUAAAGACAGUUUGUCACCAUCUGAUUGUCUGGAAUUUCCCAGGAAAUAUAACACAUUAGCUCUUGUCAGUUCAAAUAGAGUGCCACGACUCACACGUUAGCUAACAAGCUACAUCGCUAGCACAUACCAUAAUGUGUGACCUACUGAGCUACAGAGCUAACCUGCUGCCAAGCUAACCUACUACUGAGUAGGUUAACUAGCUAAACAGCGAGGACGCCACAAAAGUUGCCCACUAGUAAGCUAGCCUGCUAGUGACUGAGCUAGCUCGCUAGCCUUGUUUUUCACCAUAAAUGUUAAGUUCAUGAUGUCCUCAAAUUACAUGGAAGUAUUUUACUGGAAGAAAUCAGUUUUUUUUUAAUAAUGUUGUGCAUCACUUUUUUUCCCCUGAUCCUUUACAUCUUGUUCCAUAGACUUUAUGUAGACUUGUGAUAACGUAAAACACUCUAGGCUCUGGGAAUGUUUCACAUCAUUAAAACUUCAUGGUUCAAAAGUUCAUAAUUGACCUUGAAUUGUCAGCAGUUUUAUAGAUGUCUCUUUUAUAAUGUUAGGGUAAAUGUUUUUAAGCUGCUGAGGUUUCAUUUUGUUGCUGUGUUGUAGUUGACGACAGGGACAAAUCAGCAGCAGGUCUUACUGGCCGUGCUGUAUCAAUGCACCAUAUUGAUGAUCAGGUCAAGGUCAACACACAUAUUUAAUGGCAUUCGCAAAAUUCAGAUAUACUGUCUUUAUAAACCCCUGCCAUUUUCCACGCAUGCCACAUGAGAAUGAAGGACGAGAUUUAAAAGGAGAGUACAAAUUUUUCCUCUUUCCUCUGGGAGAUUCAAACAUGCAUGAUUAUUGCGGAAUUAAAUGGAGCCAAAGCAACUUUUCAGAGGGGAAAUAUUGUUGAAAAUUCCUCUUUGGUUGUCAACAGAGUGUUUUCAAGUUGCCGUCUUUUCCCUUUAACCAAACUUCACAUCUGUAACGGAAUAAAAAAAUGGAAUUAAAUCACUUUAAGACCUCUGGAAUUUGAAUGGAACUACCAUUGAACUUCAACCAAACAACAUGAAAUGUGACUGACUGUGCUUUAAAAUUAGCAAAUACACAUCAGGACAUAUGGAAUAACCUCCCCUUUAACUCUGGAAUUUCCUGGAUUUAACUCCGACCGAAUCACUGGGAUGAAAGGGAAAUGGCAUGGAACCAUUGCUCUGCUGUCGAUAGCCUGCACCCUCUCUCUCUGCAUCAACAAGGGCCAAGGAACUUUAUUUUAUCCUAAUAACAGUUAUACUAGUAAUAAUAACGAUAAUAAUAAUGAUAAUAAUAAUAAUAAGAGACUUCUAAUAAUAAUAACAAUGAGGACUAUUCUGGUUUCUAAAGACUGUCUUUGCUUCUAUUUGAGUUGCCUACGAUAUCCUGGCUUCUCGUUCAGCUCUUCCUUAAUAAGUACACUUUAACCUGAUGAAUAAAAAUAUACGGUGAUAUUUAUUGUGAGGAGGAGGAAGUGAUGGAUGGAUGAAUGGGUGGAAAGGAGAAAGGGAAAUGGGAGAGGUAAAUGGAGAGGAACGCAGGACGUUUUCUGGAUGGAAAAAAGGGAGGAGGCGGUUUUAAGGUAGGAAAAGGGGUAAGAGAGUGAAGACGUGACUGAGUGAGGAACAGAUGGAGAAAACGGGAUGAGUUUGCCUUUCUAGCUAUUUGGGAAAUCUAUUUUAAAGGGAAAUUUCACCAGAAUUUCAUCAUGACUACUACUUUUUUUUCUUUUCUUUUUUCCUCUCUUGAAGUCGCUCAGUGUGGUGACUUCAAAAGGUUGGCAUGAGCAGAGGCUGUUGAAUUUUUACUCUGGUUAAUAUACGACUGUCAGCAGUGAAGUAGAGAAAUUAUGCAUGUUUGAUCAAAAAAAAAAAAAAACACUGUUACCUGCAACACAAACACACAUACACACAAAUACACACUCAAAAUAUCAGCUGGUGUGAUGAGUAGCUCCCGGCCAAAUGUUUUGCCCUUUACGAAAUCUCUCCAGAGUCCUCAACCGGAAUGACAUCAGCUCUCCCUCCAUUUUAUUUGACAUCCUUUCUUUCUCUUUCUCUUUAAUUUCCUUCCUUUUACCUUUCUUUCUUCCCUUAAUCUCCCAAAAAACACACAUUACACUAUGCUGUGACCUCACCACCACCAGCUGCCGUCUUGGCAGCGAACGCCAAACCCUCUUCGAUGAGUCAACGCCCCCCCCAACACCACCCUUGAAAAUGUCACGUCGUAACCAUGGAGACCUGAUUUCUCUCGCUCAACAUCCUGUAAUUAUAAUGUCACGUCCAGAGCCAGAAAGAAGCUGUAGCGUGGCGCGAGUCAGACGCCGCUGCCGGGCAUCCUGGCUUCACACCGGUGAUGGUGCUGGUGUUUGGCGAAGCGGGGGCGCAGCUAAGUGGUUGGUGAUGACACUCGUCUCUUUUUAGAAUUUAAAAACAAUCAAUUUUCGUGUCGUUUUUACAUCCCACCAACAAUGGAGAGAGACAAUGUGGGGAAAGAGGACGUGACAGCAUCUUCACAGCACAAUGAAAACAUGGAGAUAUGUAACUUUAACCCUUAGUUUAACCAAGAGACUGAAACAUGGUGGCACUGGGUGAUUGUUAGACUCUGAUUAGAAUCUUAAAACUUCUUCUGAUUGGUCAAAAAAGUGUCCAACUUUGACUAUAAGACCAAUGUUUCCUGACUAUAAGCUUUCCCGAACCUUAGCCAAGUUGUACUUCUUCAUAAACCUACGUCAACAACACAAAACCUUAACCUUAGAGGUGGAAGAUCAUCUACUGUUGUCACAUAAUUCACAUUAUUACAGAUAUUUUAGACAUAACUAUUGACAAAAAUAUGAAGUAGAUGUUCAGGGUUUAAGGUCCGUUAAUCCAGCUGUAAUAUUCAAGGUUGUACACUGAGGAAGUGGUGUUUUGUGAGUUUUACUGAUUUCCAAAUAUCAGUUCUUCAAGUGAAAUCGCAUGGAAUCAGCAUCAUUGGCAAACUGUAAGUGAAGGAAUUAAACCUUGAAGAGUGAGCUUUCGAUUUUAGCUCAAGAUUGAACAACUAAUGUUCAGGAUAGGUAAAGGUCGGAGACACAAAGGAACAAACUGCAGUUCCAGGACGAUGAUUGUGUCCGACAAGGAAGGUGAGUAAAGAAAGAAAGGACAGAGAACAGGUGGAGAGGUGGAGGCGUAACACUUCACUUCAAGUCCUCCUGUUUAACAUUUAGAGGCAGUAUUUAAACAUCAAAAAAACACACUAAUGUAGUUGUAUGCAGCUGUAAGGACAUUUUAAAUGUUCAUAAAUGUACAGCAAUUAGAACUUCUCCUGUAAAGACAUAUUUUAUGUAAAAUAUGUUUUACUGUAUUGUCAUUUGUCAUCUGUUUGUACACCAGCCACUACUUAAUGGUGCCCACAGGAGGAGUUUUAGCUGCCUGACAAAUACAUUAAUAAAUACUUAUCUGCUUUAACUAAAGGUUUAUAUAAGGCUCAUAGAUGCUAAAUAGUUGGACUUUAAGUGAAGCAUUACCCAACACUGCUGCUUGAGAUAUCUGUGCUUUAAGGGAAGUGACAAACCACCCAGAAAAUCUUGAAUAAAAUAGUCAGACACAUCAAAGAUUCAACGUUUCCCGCCCCUCCCCCGAAACAGCCAAUAAUAUGCUAAGAAACAUAUCAAGCCAAUUGUGUUGCAAGUGCAUAGUUGAGGUUCAGGUUCAAGCGUGGAAGAGGGAAAAUAUCAACUGUAUUUAUUUAAACAUUGCACAUAAACUCUCACAUUUGCUCAGAUGAUCUGGUGGGAUGAGCUAAUGGCGUCAUGUCAUGACACUAAAAGAGUUUGGGUUUGUCGUAGCAGAAGCAUUUUACUGGUGAUUCUAUACUUGUAGGUAAUUUCACAAAUUUUAGCUUAGCUUAGUUUAGCUUAGCUUAACAUUCAAACAGCUCCUACCUUGGUUAAUGAAACUCAACUGUGGUCCACUAAACUGAAUAAAUAAAUAAAUCUCACAUUAGACAAUCUGGAAACAAUGCAGGUGCUCCAAAACUCCACUUUAAAAAACACACACACACACAUGAAAACUACAACUGCAGAUAAACGCAGAGAGAACAGGAGCCUGGAUCUGUUGGUUACCACGGCAACCGGCAUGCGCGUUACCACCCCAUAAUCAGGAGCCACACCAGCCAGAGGGUUGGGUGAUCAAUCACACUCUUCCAUCAAUCACCAUGACAACCGCAUCAGCAGACGCUAUGGGAUGUUUGAGUGUUGUCUGGAAAAAAAAAAUUAAAAAUUCUACCCAUUGACGGUGUUUGAUCCCCCUGAGGGCCUUUCAAGGUGUGUGUGUGUGUUGUUCAGGGAUUAUUGAUCCAGUCAGAAUCCAUAAUUAAAUUCUGUUGAUCCCUUGAUUGAUCUGUAUUGAUUUGAAUAUGAUAUGCGUGUGUGUGUGUGUGUGCGCGCGCGUAUCAUUAAAGUAGAUAUGGGACAACACACACUCACACACACAAGUGUACGCUUUGAUAGCAGUAGGCGGCGGUGACGAAGGAAGAAAGGUUCAUCUCAUGCAUUAUUCACACACACACACACACACACACACACGUACAAACAUGACCACUGACCAGCUGCAGGUUUGACUGUAAAUUGUUGAGCAGACUCCAGUCCACUUUAAGCACUAAUAGUCCUGUGUGACUUCACUCCGCCUCCAAGGCAACUGAGGACAACAGCCUUGUCCUUAGGACGGUCGUUGCGUCACAUGAUGCUGCUUCAACAGAUGACCUGCUGAGGUAAACACACACAUAAAACACACACAACACACAUGUUCUGUUCACUAAUAACAAAAUGGCUUCAUCAGUUCUAGAGGCUGGUUGAGGCUGGUAUUUAACCCCCCUCUGUCAUCAUGUGAGUCGUUAGGGUCACAUGGGUUGAGGUGUGAAUGGGGGUUAAACCACAUGGGAAUGGAUCUCAAGACUGCUAUAGGCAGUAGGCCACCACCUCUGUUCAAAGAUGGUUGUUCCAAUUGGACAUAGAUGACCUCCUUUACUCUUCAAACCAGCCGUCUUCUGUCAUCUAUCUAAUGUGGACAUUAUUGUCCUCAAAGUCCCCUCUCAGGUUAAAUACCUGGGACUCCCCAACCAGUUUCUAGAACUGAAGAAGCCUCUUGCAUGAGAAGUAAAACAUCCUCAAAAAACCUAAAAGAAGUCCAGUUGCCUUCAACUCUAGCCUCUCAAGACAACAUUGAUUUCCAAAAACGUUUUCAACCUCAUCUGACGUCCAUCCAUCCAUUAUCUAUACCACAUCCUUUAAGGUUUGCAGGGGUGGCUGCAGCCAAUCCCAGCUAAUAUUGGGCAAGAGGUGUGGUACACCCUGGAUAGGUGUAGAGACAAACAAAUUUAUCAAUGUUAAAUUGGAGAAAGAGGAAUGUAAAAUGUGACAUUCAUCAAAAUUAGACAUCCACUUUGUCGUAUCUAAGAAGUCGUGAUAGUUUUUAGGCCUGAGCACUAAUCGAUGAAGUCAGCUCAGAUGGUGCUCACUUGUUUUAGCUAGCUUGUUUUAAAUGGGUAAGCUACAUAGCCAGCGUUAACAUUGAGAACUGUUGGCUGACCAGUCUAGAAGCAUUAAACUUCAUUCCUCUAUUCACCUCCAGUGGUAGAAAGCAACACUAAUAUCAACUAAUUUUGCAACUAUUUCUAUCACUUUUUUUCUAUUGGAGCUAGCAUGCUAACCAGCUAGCCCUGGCUUGUCCCGUCUCAUAACACCACUCUGCAAUAGUAGCGUUCAGUCUGCUCUUAGUCCAACAUGAAGGGAUGAUGAAAUGAAGAUGGCUGAAGCUCUUGGUGAAUAAACAGCUGUCAAUGCUAAUGUUGGCUAUGUAGCAGUUGUAAAAAAGUACAUAUAGCACCUUUAAAGUAAAGUAAAAAUGCUAACUUCUACGAUCAGUUUCUUCAUUUUAUUUAAACCUCCUUGCGUCUUGGGAAAAGAAUCUGCAUCUUCAGUUUGAUGGAUAAAACAUAACUGACCAAUCAGAGCUGUCGUUGUCUCCACAUGGUUUCUCUGUAGCCACCUUUUCCCAACAAACUAGUAACCCAACGCACUUUUGUUUGAAUCCCAAAACGAAAGCAUCUAAGUGGAAACUUACCUGAUCAAUAAGCCUUGAGCUUGAAAAAACAGUCACAGCUGCUGGAAUAACGUUUGAGUGAUUGAUACCGAUCAAUAAUCUAAUCCCAUCACAUAUGCUGUGGUCAUUUUGUUGCUUAGUGGUUGUAAUAAAAUCAGUGUUCCUUGAAGAAGAAAUUAUUUGGCCCAGCUGCUCAUCACACACACACACACACACACAUUAACAGACACUCACUUAUAUACAUAUAUAUACAGUACAUAUAUAUGGCAUCAUUCAGGUUCCCCUCUCACCUUCUAAAGGGAUUUUGAGCUUUAAAAAUAAAAACCUGUCCUUGUUUCUAUUUGAUUUUUUUUCUUUUUUUUUUUUUUUGGAUUUCCACAUGGAUGAAUGUAUGACUGUGUUAUUUUUCUAGAAGCGGACGGCUAGCGCACGUUGUUGACUCUUUAAUAAAGGCAUCCUUAGAAAACUGGGCUGUUUUCUGAAUGUUUAUUUAUCAUUAUCGUCAUCAUGAUCAACAUUAACACCACUGA